AUGAACGUGCCAGGGCUGGAGAGUUUUCCUCGUGCUUUGGUUGCCUUGGAGACGUUAGCUGCUGAGCUCGGUCACGUUGUUGGAUCUCUUGCAGUGACAUGUGAAUCCCUUGGCAACUGUGGGGGGAGCUAUGGCGAGCUGCGGCGCUUAAUAUUGACGGAUCGGGAAAGUGGUAAGGAAGUGUUGCGUCUGGUCGUAAAAACCAUCUCAGAGACAGAGCACAAACUGAUGAUCUCCAGAGUCAUCGGUCUGGCCAGAGAAGCCGUGUUCUUUAGCAGUAUUGCCAAAGACUUUCAUCAAUGCAUUGGUUUACCCAAAGUCUACUACAGCGAGGGAGAUGUGGUGACUGGGCGCAAGGUUAUCAUCAUGGAAGAGUUGUCCAAUGUCACACAGAGUGGCUACUUCUUUGGCCCUGGGUCGCCGCUGAAUCGGGAUAAGGACCUGAGCGCUCUUGUCGAAAAUGCUGGCAGUCCUCCGCUGAAAGAUGUCAUCAAGGCCACGUUUGCGUCGGCCGCACGGCUGCAUGCCAAGUACUGGAUGGAUGAAAGUCUUCUAGAACACUCCUGGCUGCGAGGCGCAGCAUGGCUUCAGGAUAGCGGCAAAGAGCAAUGGAAGGGCUCACAGCAAGUUGCGGCUGAUUCCUGGAAGAAGUUCCAAGACAAGCUUGAGCGAGGAGAGAAAUGUACUGUUGAUUGGCCUGACGACCUGCGUGCGAUAGUCAGUGCGUCGGUAAGCAAAAUCAGCUGGGAAACGUUCUCCACGUGCGGUCGUCCAUGGACAUUGGUGCACGGUGACUUCCAUCCAGCCAACAUGAUGUGGUGUCAUGACGCACUAUCAUCUAGACCUGGUGGCACCGCGGAUGGAGAAGGUAAAAGAAAAGUUGUACUUCUCGACUGGGAGUUGGUUGGCCUCGGUUCUGGCCCACAAGACAUUGGCCAGUACAUGAUCUCGCAUAUGGAGCCAGUCACGCGCAAGCAGCACGAAGAGGAGCUGGUACGCUACUACUAUGAUGAGCUGAUGGCUGCGGCACGUCCUGACGAUAGUCGACUGUCGGCGUAUACGUGGGACGAGUGCUGGCAAGAAUACAUCACUGGGGCUGUUGGACGUUGGAUGUGGUUCCUGGCUUACUUCUCAUCGCACGGUAACGAUGCAAUGCAGGAGUUCUUUGUUGGACAAGUCGGCACGUUUAUGCAUGACCAUGGCAUCACGGCAGAUACCGUAUGCCAGCCCCGGUCUUAG